ACAGGUGUGGCAGGGCAGGUGACCAAAGGAUGGCACCAGGAGCAGAUAAAAGCCGGGAGGAGGCCCGGAGAGACAAGUGCCCCUGGUCUCUGCUGCUCUGAGUGGAUCAGCUUUCCCAAGGACCAGAGGAUGCCAGGAGCGGCUUUUGGUGUCGGGGUCCUGCUGGCCCUGCUCUGUGGCACUGUCACACAGGGCUGUGGUCAGUGUCCAUCCUCUUGCAGGGGCACUGGAGACACCCCGGUGACACUACAGAGGCAGGAGGGGAUGGAACAUGGGGGUCCCGGGGACCUCCUGCCCUCAGGGCCAGAGGGGUGCUGGGCUACGGCCUCCUGUGACAAGUUGGUCUGGGAGCUGCUGCGGCGCAUGGAGAAUUCGAUCCAGCCACACGCACCGUCAAACCCCAGCGUCCUGCUGGCCAUGAACCUGCUUGGGGCGGACACCAACACUUCCACCUACAGGUUGCUGCUCCAGGAGAUCAAGGAGGAGGUGGUGAGAAGAGCCCAGAAAGCCAUGACGACCUCAGGACAGGUGGCUCAGUAUGUCCUCGCCCUCCUCUCAUCCUGCCAGGACCCCCGGCAGGUCCAUGCCCUGGGACACACCAUCAACCUGAUCCCCAUCCUGCAGCAGAAAAUGCAUGAGGAGAUAACCCAUAAUGUGAUCAGCUGGUACGACAGGAGCCUGGACAUCCUGACCCUGUGUGUGGUGAAGGAACACGACCGACAUGCAGCCGUGGCCCUGGCCAAGAAGUUGCUGAGGCCUCACAGCCACCUCGAUGUGGACACCCGUGCCAUGGCGGUGCUGGCCCUGGUGUGUGAGAACAACACAGCCCCAUACCAGGAGGACCUGAUUCAGCAGGCACUGGGCAGUGUGACCAAUGGCCUCCUGGACGAGCAGAAGAAGGGGAAAGGCGUGAUCGGGAAUCUCUCCAGCAUGGGGCUGGCCAUACAGGUUGGAGGGGGGCUGGGGGGUCACAGCCACACAGCUCUGCCCCUGGGCUGCUUGUGCCACCUUCCGCCUCCUCCGCAGGCUCUGGAGUCCUCAAGGAAGUUUUAUGCCCCUCGGAGGUGGGACCGUGCCCAGGCCUUCCAUGUGGUCCAGACCCACGAGCACAAGUACACACAGCCCAUGGCCAUCGCUCGGGUCCUGCCUGGCCUCGUGGGCACGUCCUACCUCAACGCAGCCCCCCUCACGGUGCAGUAUUCCAUCACCAACACGCUGAAGAACUACUUCCACUACUCCACCUCGGUGUGUGUCCCAUCUGGCUCCAGGCUGCUGCGGGUGCUGGAGGUGGCAAGGGAUGAAAAGCCCCACAUCUUUAACUUCACGACAGUGCCCUACGUUAACUUGGGUCCCUUCGUGGUCUCCAUCCAUGGGCUGGCUGGCAACACGACUGAAAGGACAUACUGGCGGUUCUUCAGCUGCUGGAGUCCCCUCCAGCAAGGGGUCGGAAGCUACAGCCCAAAAAACUGGGAGCACAUCCAGGCCAUCUUCAGCACCUAUUGAAGCCACCAAGAGACCCUGGAUCCCACCAGGGAGCAGUAAAGUGCCAUUCCAGCAUGUCCCUCUGUCUGUGUGUGUGUCCUUGGGGAAAACAGGGCUCAGAUCCCUUUUGCCUUCUUUCCUUCUUAAUUUCAUUAGUUCAACUUCCCUCUUCUCUUCCCCACCA